ACCUGCUUCCUUACCAGUAUCGCAGAUUUCAAGUUGUGAGAAGCUGAACUAUUUUCUGUCGUGAUUCUUGUUAUCGGAUGAGUGUUUAUGCUUCGUAUCGCAGAACAACUGAAGCCCUCACGAUGGGGCCCCAACAGCAUGAGCAAGAGCUUGCUCAUGUACUCCUUACAGAACUGCUAGCGUAUCAAUUCGCUAUGCCGGUGCGAUGGUCGGAAACUCAAAGCAUACUGUUCGACAACAUCAAUGUUGAGAAACUGGUUGAAUUCGGCCCAUCCCCUACUCUUCUGAGUAUGGCGAAGAAGACCCUAGGCCAAUUCAACCUUGAGUCGGACGCAGUUAAUGGGAUCAAGCGGUCUCUUCUUUCAACCAGUGCCAACUACGACGAUCUCCGGUACGAUGUCCCUCCGCCACCGGAGCCAGAGACAACAGAGAGCAGUCCAAAACCAGUCUCCGAGUCCAGUAAGCCCGUCUCAGAGGCUCCUGUGGCACAGGUAGCACCACCCGCAAAAUCAGAUUCCCCAAUUCCAGAUGUUCCAGUUAGCGCAUUAGAAUCAGUCACAGCACUCAUCGCGAGCAGCCUCAAGAAGUCGGCUUCGGAUAUAAAGCUUGAAGAUAGCAUAAAAUUUGUUUCAGGAGGGAGAUCGAUAGUUCAAAAUGAGAUAAUAGGGGAUAUGUUGGAGGAAUUCGGGCCGUUGGCAGAUGACGUCGAGAACAUACCCCUAAAGGAGCUCGCUUCGACGAUCCAAGGCACAUAUGACGGAAAAUUGAAGAAGUGCCUGCGCACCAGGAUAGAGAAGAUGAUCGGAUCCAAGAUGCCUGGUUCAUUCGACCUCAUCUCGGUCAGAUCAUACCUGAGCGAUAAAUGGGGUCUUGCUUCGGGAAGGCAAGACGCGAUUCUCUUAAUCGCGCUUGGUCAACAGCCAUCAACCAGGUUAAAGAAGAACGAAGAUGCCGAGUCGUUCUUUGAUAGCAUCACUCAGAAGUACCUGGACGAUGCGGGGCUGUCCAGGCAAAGGAGCGCCACUACUGCAAGCCCUCAACAGACGAUGCUAGAUUCGAAGGUAGUGCAACAGAUUCGCGAGGAGCAUUCUCAAUUGAGACGAAAGAUAGCAGCACUCCUUUCCGAUGAUGAAGAAUCAUUACCACUUUCAACUUCUGGUGGUGAUUUGACAGAGAUUCAAGACAAACUCGAUACGUACGAAAAAGAGCUGGGUGAAGACUUCUGCAAUGGCAUCAAGCCAAUUUUUAAGGCUGAUCACCAGCGAUCGUACGAUUCCGUCUGGAACUGGGGUCAUGUCGACCUUCUUGAAGAAUACUACAAUCUCUUAGAGAAUAGUGCGAGCCAAGACGGCCUUGAAUCUGCUAUAGAUGGCCUUCGGAAUAGAGCUAGUAGCAGACUCAAAAAAGCCCGGCAAUAUCUGCUCAGUAAAUGUUGUUCAUUAGAGUACAAAGGGGACGAAGGAGUUCAAAAGAUGCUUGACAAGCUUAGUCCUAAAGCUAUAAAUCAUAUUAAUAACAGACCGCCAAUUGUACCGCUCGAAGCCCGCAAUUCAAAUAUUGAUGGGCGGCCGGAAGGGGAGGUUAGAGCCAUCAAGUCCCCUCACAUACUUAGGAGGAAAGGGGCAUCGUGGACCCCCAAUCAACACCUAACGACACUCAUGAACCUAGAUGGUUCCGUCACAUCAAAAAUGUUCUCCGGCAAGGAUAUUCUCCUUACUGGAGCAGGCCCGAAUUCAAUCGGCAUCGUCCUCCUUCAAUCGCUCCUUCAGGAGGGAGCUAGGGUUGUAGUAACAACCACCAGAGCAAUGCCGGAAGCAGGUCCAAUAUACCAGAAGAUAUUCGCACGCCACGGCGCUGACGGAUCCAAACUCGUUGUUCUUCCUUGCAAUCAGGGAAGCAAGCAGGAUAUCGAGAAUCUAAUCACCCAUAUAUACGACCCGACAAACGGGCUAGGAUGGGAUCUUGACUUCAUCAUCCCGUUUGCGGCGCUAGCUGAAAAAGGUCGUGAGAUCGAUAAUAUCGAUUCUAGAUCUGAACUCGCGCAUCGCGCUAUGUUGACGAAUGUUGUGAGGCUCAUGGGCGCCGUCAAAGUUGCCAAGGAAUCGCGCGGUUUUCGAACAAGACCGGCGCAGGUCUUAUUGCCCCUUUCCCCAAACCAUGGUACUUUUGGUAGUGAUGGGUUAUACUCCGAAUCCAAGAUAGGACUCAUGACGCUACUGAACAAGUGGUCGUCUGAGAAUUGGAGCGAUUACCUCUGUCUCUGUGGUGUCAUUAUCGGCUGGACUCGUGGGACAGGUCUGAUGGCGGCCAACGACGCGAUCGCAGAAGAGAUCGCAAAGCGUGGUGUGACUACAUUUUCAACUGAAGAGAUGGGUAAACUCAUAAUAGGGCUCAUGUCUGAUCCUGUCGUGUCAAUCUGCCAGACUGAAUGCCUCUUAGCGGACUUCAGCGGAGGUAUGGGAAGCGAUCCUGAGUUAGCAGCAUUCAUCGCAGGAAUCCGGAAUUCUAUGCGCCAAGACGAAGAAAUAAGGCGCGCACUUGCCGAUGAAGAAGCACUUGAUGAAGGUGCUAUCCGAUGCAAACCCACUACAGCGCCUCAGCCGAACCCAGCGCCACCUUCUCCUCCUUUAGUUGAUCUUGAGCUCGGCUUCCCGGCGCUGCCAGACUACAGUACCAAGAUAAAACCUUUGAACUCCAAGCUCGAUGGUAUGGCCGAUCUAGAGUCAGUGGUAGUCGUAGUCGGUUUCGCUGAAAUUGGACCCUGGGGUAACUCCCGAACAAGAUGGGAGAUGGAACUCGAAGGAGAAUUCUCAAUCCAAGGUUGUAUCGAAUUAGCGUGGAUGACUGGACUCAUAAAACACAACCAAAAGCCAGCUCCUUCUGCCAACGGAGCCGCAGCUACAUGGAUAGAUGCAGCUACCGACGCACCUGUCCAUGACCGCGAGAUAAAAGCGAAGUACGAGAAGCAGAUUUUGGAGCACACAGGACUGCGACUCAUCGAACCAAGCCCCCUAGACCACCCCAACCGAGACAGCAAGCAGUUUCUCCAGGAGGUCAUCGUCCAACACGAUCUUGAGCCAUUUAGCGCGUCUUUCGACACGGCUAUGGAGUUCGUACGAGAACACGGAGAUAAAGUGAAGAUCACGCAGAUCGCGAAAAGCGACCAAUUCUCGGUGCAUGUCAAAAAGGGCGCCACCUUGAUGAUCCCCAAAGCCAGGAUCUUCGAUAGAAUCGUAGGCGGCCAAUUGCCGACUGGCUGGGAUCCUACGAUAUACGGACUCCCGCAAGACCUCUGCGAGAGCGUAGACCGGUGUACCCAGAUGGCUCUCGUGUGCGCUGCCGAGACCUUCCUAUCUGCUGGCAUAACAGAUAUAUACGAAUUAUACAAGACGAUCCAUAUCUCAGAACUCGCCAAUUGCGUAGGGUCAGGCAUGGGUGGUGGUCAAUCCUUGCAGAAGCUGUAUCGUCAAAGAUUCCUCGAUCGACCAGUGCAAAGCGACAUCCUAGCGGAAGUUUUCAUCAACACGACAGGCGCGUGGUUAAACAUGCUUCUCAUGUCCUCGGCCGGCCCGACAAGAACCCCCGUCGGCGCUUGUGCUACAGCGCUCGAGUCGCUCAACCAAGGCUUUGAUCUCAUCACUAGCGGCGCCGCGAAGAUCUGUCUAGUCGGAGGUUUCGAUGACAUGACCCAAGACACAUCAGCCGAAUUCGCCAACAUGAAAGCGACGAACAACAGCAUGGCGGACCUCGAACGAGGCCGCGCCCCACACGAGACCUCUCGUCCGUGUGCCUCGUCCAGAAAAGGCUUCGUCGAAUCCGAGGGCUGCGGAAUGCAGCUUCUAACCAGCGCUAAGAUAGCCCUAGAUCUAGGUCUACCCAUUCGCUCCAUUGUCGCUCAUGUGCAGACAGCAAGUGAUGGCACCGGUAGAUCGGUUCCCGCCCCAGGAAAGGGCAUCAUGGUCAACGUGCGGGAAACUCCCAAUCCCAACCCGUCUCCACUCCUCGAUAUUGACUACCGGCGACGCCUCCUCUCACACACACUAAAGUCGAUACGGGAGCGCCAAGAACUGUUUGGGACACUCUCGACCCCUAACAGCCUCGACGAACUCACCCUCGCCACCCAGCGCGAAGAAAAAGAAGCCCGGCGGCGCUUCGGCAACUCCUUCCACACCCACGACACGCGCAUCUCGCCGCUCCGCGGGGCAUUAGCAGUAUGGAACCUAACCGCCGACGACAUCGGCGUCGUAUCCCUACACGGGACCUCCACGGACCUCAACGAGAAAAACGAAGUCGAAGUCCUACACCGGCAACUGCAGCACCUAGGACGCACCCCGGGUAACGCCGCGUUAGCCGUAUGCCAAAAGUACCUAACCGGGCACCCGAAAGGAGCCGCCGCAGCGUGGAUGCUGAACGGGUGUUGCCAGAUCCUCGAGUCCGGACUCGUUCCGGGAAACCGGAACCUGGAUAACGUGGAUUCUGCGUUAGAAAGGUGGGAGAACCUAGUUUUCCCGGACCGGACGAUUAGAGUUGGCGAGGUAAACGCGUUCAGCGUGACGAGUUUUGGGUUUGGGCAGAAGGGCGCGCAAGCGCUAGGGGUGCAUCCUCAGUACGUAUUCGCGACGAUCGGGGCGGCCGAGUAUUCGGCGUACGCGCGGCGGCGCGGGGAGCGGUAUGCGCGGGCGAAGCAGCAUUUCCAGAACACGUUUUACGGGGGUAGUUUAGUUGUUUUGAAAGACUCGGCGCCGUAUUCCAAGGAGGAGAAGCUGAGGGCUUUGACGGAUGCGUCGGCGAGGUUUGGGUGAUGAGGAGGGGAAGAGUUUUCAGAGAGGCGUUUGCAGGGUGAUCGUUUCCUUGAGCGUGAUGAGGCUUAGGGCUAGGGUUGAUGAUUCGUGUCGUACCAGCGCCACCACAUACGUAAUCACGACGAGAUAGGCGAGGGGUUCUGGAAGGUGGUGGAAAGGUGUUAAUUUUAUGUUGCAGUAAUUAAAUCAUUAUUUUCUACGA